AUGGCACGGGGAGUACCCGGCGACGCCGCGGGAAGUAGCGCCGCCGCCGAGCGGGGGAGUGGGGCAGCCGCGCCGCCGCGGUCUGCAACGUGGCAGCGGGUGCGGAGGGCCGGGCAGGGGGCGGCGGCGCACGCGCUACUUCUCUGCUUCACCGCGCUCCUCGCGCUCAAGCUCGACGGCGUCCUCUCGCUCUCCUGGUGGGUGCUUUUCAUCCCUGUAUGGUUGUUCCAUGCUGUCGCUGCUCGAUGUCUAUUCUCGUUACCGGCUCCAUCAUCGCCUGAAAGUUGUCAACGGGUUCCAUUCCAUUCCAUUGUGGCAACACCAUUGCUAGUUGCUUUUGAGCUGCUUCUCUGUGUUUAUCUGGAAGGCCUCAACCACAAUGGUCAUGUGGAACCUUUCAUAGAUUUAAAGCUUGUGUUUCUUCCCCUCUUGGCUUUAGAAAUCAUUACACUGGUUGACAACUUCAGGAUGUGUGGUGCUUUAAUGCCUGGACAUGGAGAAACUAUAACCGACGAAGCAAUUUGGGAGAGGCUUCCUUACUUCUGGGUUGCAAUUUCCAUGGUAUUUCUACUUGCGGCUACUUCACUCAUGCUUCUGAAGUUAUGUGGUGAUGCAGUUACUCUGGGGUGGUGGGAUUUAUUAAUUAAUUUUGGGAUUUCCCAGUGCUUUGCUUUUCUAGCAUGCACAAGAUGGUCAAAUCCAAUGGACAUUGGAGGUCCUGUAUUGAUAAUUCCUAUAGUAGUUUUUCAAGUUCUUCUUUGUAUGCGCUUAGAGGGCACUCCAUCUAAUGCACGUUUUAUCCCAAUUCGAGCUAUUUUUCUACCCAUAAUUUUGCUGCAAGUGGCUGCUGUAUCUUUUGCUGUUUGGAGAUUCUUCAACAGGCUUCUUACUAAACUUAAAGAUGGAACUAUCAGUCAAGCAAAUAUUUCUGUGUCCUCCAAAGUUGAUGAGCUAUUUAUGAUGAUACAAUAUGGUUCAAGGCUCCUUCACUGGUGGUCUAUUGAUGAAGAUAGCAAAGAGGAACAGGCUCACUUAUGCUAUGCAAAUAAUAUUGGCUAUAGUACUUUUUGCAGUUAUCCACCAGAGGUGGUAAAAGAGAUGCCAAAGGAAGUUCUUGUCAAAGAGGUACAGAGACUUCAACUGGCCUUGGAAGAGCAAACUGAAAUGGCAAAUCAUAGCCAACAGCAGUGUGAUAGGCUAAGAAAUGAAAGGAUCUUGUGUCGAAUUUGCUUUGAAAGAGACAUAUGCAUUGUUAUGCUUCCCUGCCGCCAUCAUGUUCUCUGCGAGCCCUGCUCUAACAAGUGUCAGUCAUGCCCAAUUUGCCGAUUGACCGUUGAGAGCAGGUUAUCUGUUUAUGAUGCAGUGAUGUCAGCCAAUCCAUUAUGUGACGCAGUUUAA